ACUCAUUUUAUUUCCCGGAAAAUAUCCCCCAGCCAAAAAAUUAGAAAAUACACUUUGUAUGUAAAUACAAUGGGAUGUUGCGUAGAUUUUGCAGUCCUCAAUUAGGCGGGGGAAACUCCGCUCAAGCAACGUCCAGCUAUAGCCUUCUAAAGGUGAAUCGAGACAUUCUUAGAUCAUAAACUCGCACGGUAUCUAAUGGCGGGCAUUUGAGAUUCAUGAGAAAGUGUAAACAGUUAUUCUGAAAUGUUAUGACUGGCUUGAGACUUACCGUCGUGUCAGGGGCGUAGUUGAUUUUGUUCUUCUAGUAUCUUGAGAUUUACCAAUAAUGCUCUCUCUGUCAAUUCGUCAGGUCUCUCAGUUUUUACGUGAUGGUUUAUUGUUGCCGAGCAGUUUGUGUGAGGAGUGCUUGGCAAGAUCACGACGCAUUGAAGAGCUUAACGCAUUCAUACGCAUUGAAGAAAAGUUGGCACGCGCACAGGCAUCAGAAUCGAAUAUUCGAUAUAAAGAUGGUUGUCCACAGGGUCCACUUGAUGGUGUCCCUGUAGCAGUAAAAGACAAUUUCUGUACGAAGAACAUAAAAACAACUUGUGCUUCAAGGAUGUUGCAAGACUUUUGCCCUUCAUAUGAUGCAACUGUGGUGCGGAAGCUGAAGGAAAGUGGUGCAAUCUUAUUGGGGAAGUGCAAUAUGGAUGAAUUUGCUAUGGGGUGUGGCACUGUAGAUUCACUCUAUGGUCCUACUAAAAAUAUCUGGCUUUCAAGAUUCCAAGGUGUAAAAAAUACUCAAGACAAUCCUUUGCAGCAUGAAGAGUUUGACAGUGGCGAUCAUGCCUCUUUCAAAAAACAAAGGAUUCGUGAGUUUCAUACAGUGAGCACCUUGACGAACGCUGCAGGUGGUGGUGAUGAUUGGCACAUAGCAGGUGGAAGCUCAGGAGGGAGCGCUGUCGCUGUAGCAAGUGGAGCUGUGUUUGCGGCACUGGGCUCAGAUACAGGUGGCUCUGUGCGCAAUCCUGCGGCAUACUGUGGCAUUGUAGGUUUUAAACCUACAUAUGGUUCGCUGUCGAGGUAUGGUCUCAUACCUCUUGUAAAUUCAAUGGAUGUGCCAGGCAUACUUACCAGAACAGUUGAUGAUGCAGUAACAAUGUUUAACAUUCUAGCUGGCCACGACCCAAUGGACUCAACUACAGUGCGUAAACCAUUUUUGCCAAUUUGUCUUCCUAAGGAUCUAGAUGUUAAGGGUCUGAGAGUGGGUGUGCCUGCAGAGUACCAUUGCCCUGGGCUGUCCACAGAGGUGCUGGCAGCAUGGACUGAGGUUGCAGAUUUACUGGAACAUAAUGGAGCAGUUGUUUCACAGGUAUCCUUACCACAUACACAGCUGUCAAUAGCAUGUUAUUCGGUUCUGAAUCACACUGAAGUUGCUAGCAACAUGGCUCGCUACGAUGGCAUCGAAUAUGGAUACCGGGCAAAUGAAAGCAAUUCAGCUGAAGCACUCUUCGCUGCUUCUCGCAGAUCUGGCUUUGGUGAGGUUGUUCGCAGCCGAAUUCUCUCUGGGAACUAUUUCCUUCUGAGAAGGAAUUACAACAAGUACUUCGUACAAGCAUUGAAACUGCGAAGACUGAUAGCUCAGGAUUUUGAACAGGUGUGGUCUUUGGGUGUUGAUGUGCUGCUGACACCAGUAACUAUGACUGAUGCUCCAAGGCACUCAGAAUUUGUCAAGCUGGACAAUAGACAACAAUGCAGUAGUCAAGACUAUUGCACACAGCCUGCCAACCUCGCAGGUUUACCUGCCAUCAGUGUUCCAGUGAAGCUAUCCAAAAAUGGUCUACCACUCAGUUUGCAGUUAAUGGCACCCAUGUUCAAAGAAGAUACGUUGUUUCGCACUGCUAAAUGGAUUGAAGAAAGUUUAAAAUUUCCUGCAGCUGAACUAGCCAUGUGAAACAAAUGCAGUGUUACAAAAAGAUUCAGCACCACUGUUCUUUGAUUUUUACUUUAUCCAUAAUGGAUAUGAGACAGAUACAUUUUCAUGGAACUGUCUGGUGUUGGUGAGGCUUUGGGAGCAACAGUGGGACUCGCUCACUGUGUUUGUCAAGAGGAAUAUGGCCUCCCUGGCUGGUGCCAACAGUCUUCGACAUCAAGAAGUUCGACCCAUGUACCACCUGGUCUUAACUUGGUUCAGCGGCUGUGUAACUGAGCAUCUGCAACGUUAGCACUGCUUAUCCAGCAAUGGUAUUGUUUGGCUGCUCCUGUCACAUAUCUGACCACCUGUCAGCUUCUGGUACACUGAACACCCAAAGUUCUUCACUUCCCUCUUUAGAAUUCCCCAGAGCUGUGUGAAGGAAAUUUAAAUUAUUCUCUGUGAAAUAAAUGAUGGACACACAAACUAUGAACAAUUUCUCCGCUCUUGAUGUAUUCUAACCAGGAUAAUUACACACACACACACACACACACACACACACUUAACAGUCCUGAAAUCACACCAAAUAAUUUCCAACAUAAAAUUGUGAUGUAAUUCUGGUGUUCCCUUGCAAACAUGUAUGAUAGUAAAUUUCACAAAGUGUUUGAUAUAUAUUUUGUCAGUGUUAACAGCCAAACACAUUUAAAUGUACAUAUGUAUUAUUUGUCAACUAUUUAUUGAACACUGGAUUCCUUAGGUUGACAUCAGGAGACUCAAAAUACUUGCAGGUUUAAGGGAACAAUCCAAUACUUAUCUGGGUACCUGUCGUCGAAACAGUGAAUGAUGUAAAUUGUUUUAUCUUGUAGCUCCUCCACUAAGGUUCCCUUCGUUGCAGUGUCAAGCAAUUUGUGACGUGCUAACUACAGAAAGAUUUAUGUGAAAUAAAAAAAUUAACUUCAAAAUAUUUAUUACAGAAAUUUCAGCAUAACGAAACUCGGUCUUGACAUCGCAUAAUCUGAUGCAAACAUGUGUGGAUACCACCACUGAUACUUAUAUAUAGUUACUAUAAUGAAGGUCAAGUUCAUGCCUUUUUAUUUGAGGACAUUUCAUAAAUUAUAAGUAUAGUUUCACAUUCCUGGACAGCUGAUAAAUAAUUCCAGAUUUGUUUUUGUAUGGACUUCCAUGUGCGAUGAUAAUUUAACAGAAAUACAUUUACUAACUUGCACAAA